AUGGUGUCCACCAAUGGAGCACAACCCAGGGUUUCCAAGAGCUGCGAGAAUUGCCGGGUCAUUAAGCGUCGGUGCGAUAAGCAGCUUCCUCAUUGUGGCCAGUGUAUUCGCACGCGCGAAGAGUGUCGCGGGUACAGGUCGGAAUGGGAGCUGCAUUUUCGAGACCAGACCACCCAAACCAUCAAGAAUUCCCUGAAGAAGGAGGCUGAAAAAAAGGCCAAGGCUAUCCCCACAUCCCCACCGGCUCGCAGCCCUACGCCCAAUGUUGACGACAUCGGGAUCGCAUUUUUUAUGAACAAUUUUGUUGCGGGUGGACAUUCUUCAUCACGGGGGCAUUUGAACUACGUUUCAAAUCUGUAUGACUCCGAUGGCCAUCAUCCAACGCUAGGAGCCAGUAUGGCUGCCGUGGGACUUGUGGCGCUGGCCAACUCGGCUCGGCGACCUGACUUAGUUAGCCACGCUCGAGCCAAAUACUCCGAGGCGAUCCAGCGUGUUAACACGGAUCUGGCAUCUCCUGUCGAUUCCCUUCGGGAUGAUCUGUUAAUGUCGAUUAUCUCACUUGGGGUGUUUGAAAACUCCUCCAACUUUCUCUCGUGGAGCAAGCAUGUCCAAGGAGCUGCAGCGCUUGUCGUUGCUCGGGGGAAAAAACAGUUCACUACUCCAGCUGCCAUUCUGAUGUUCAAUCAAGUGCGUGCUGAUAUGGCGGUUGCCUGUGUGCACAGCAACAAACCAUUUCCAGAGGAUAUGCGCGUGCUGCAAGAAGAGGCAAUGAAACAUGAGGCUGCUUCUGGGGCCUUCUGGACCCUGGGUGUCUUAGCUUCCAGGCACGUGGAUCUUCUCUGGAAGGUCCGGCUACCUAAUAGCAAGGCCCAAUGGUCCGCUCUGUUGGAGGAGGCGACUAUUCUCCAGCGGGAUUUUGAAUAUCUCUUCGCUGCUCUUGCGAUCGAAGAGCCCUACACCACCUACUUCCACCCUGGCGGUGACCCAGAAAUCAUUUACCAAGGUCGCUAUGAUCUUUACCACUCCAGUUGGGCGAUCCGACUGUGGAACAACGCCCGGAUGCUUCAGAUAAUCAUUGGCAACGUUAUAUACUUCUUGUUAACCAAAACCCUUGCCAUGAAUAUUGCACCGGCAAUGCGUGCACAAGUGAGACAAGGACUGUACGACACACUUCAAAUCCAAUCCAAGCUAGAGAAAGACAUCCUUGCGACGGUCCCACAGGCCCUGGGGUAUAUUUCCUCGACGUUUCAACCCAAUUCGGUCAUUGAUUUCUCUUCCCCAGCCAGUGUUUCGGGGAGCUAUCUUCUCACCUGGUGUCUUUACACGGUCGGACAAUCCACAGUGGUGCGAAGCGAAACACGCCGGUGGGUGAUCCGGCGUCUGCAGGACAUUGGCUCCAAUGCGGGACUUGCAGUCGCGCUGCAACAUCGUGAAGACAUUAUCAAGCUUGAACAGAUUCAAGCAGAUGCCGACGAAACCGAAUUCAGAGAGCUAAUAGAUGUUCGGAAUGUACAGAAUCAUGAAAGUAAGCUAUCUGGGGAGGUCUGUGGCAAAGGGGACGCGGAUCUUAAAUUCGAUAUUGCAGCACCUCCCGGCUGGAAAUUUAGCCCCGGAGACACUAUUCUAGGCCAUCUCAUCCGACAUACGCCUAUAGUCACCCCUGAAGCCGAGGUUACGAUUGUGCUCACCGGGAAGAUCGAGUCGCAGGUCGUCAGACGCAAUGAAGUCCCCCUUUCAUAUAGGGUGCUGGAUCUGAAACCAGAGACCUUGCAUCAAGGACCCUUGCACCUUCCAGAGGGCAGCGAUGAGACCCUUAGCUGGCCUUUUGAGAUAUCGAUCCCGACAGAGGCCAGUCCCCCGAAAUCUAGCAACGGCCUCCCAGCACCGGACAUUCUGCCAGGUUCUUUUCUUUCUACACCUCUGGCAGACGGAAACCAGUCUAAAGUAGAAUACUCCCUGCAAGCAACUCUCCGGUAUACCUUUGGUCGCAAGAAUGAACAGCGCGACACAAUAUGGCCCAUCAAUAUCCGCCACCAAGAGCCGUUAUGUCACGACCGAUUCGAAGAGAGAGCGUGGAGAUGCCGAGAGUCGAUCCGCAGUCCGCGCUUGUUAUCUGGACAGGCGAACUCUGGGCUGUCGGUGGGGCAAGGCAUCAAGAAGUUAUUCCACACUUCGAGUAUUCCAAAGCUCUUCUACUUCGCCGAAAUUACGAUGCCCUGCGUUGUGCAGAUAAGCAACCCAGAGCCGAUUGCGGUAUCGCUCAAUAUCAUCCCCCGUCGAGAUGAAACGUCCGAAUCUAUCAGAGACGUCCCUCAGGAGAUCAAGGUCAACUGGAUAAACUUGUUUAUUCAUCGGAAGACCGAGCAUCCAGCACCGGACUAUGGCCAUCGUCCGGAGAUUGGUGAGCUUUCAAAAACGCGUGUUCUAGACACAGGUCUUCGCAAGGUUUUCGAAGACUUGGAAACGACUUUGAAGAUUACGACGGGCAAAGUAAAUGAGCCGGUUCAUUUUGGGAAAAUCUUUCAGCUCACGCUCUCGUCGAGGGGACUGUGUCAUGGCAAUCAGUUGAUGGUGCCGGGCUCAGCAAUGUUUCCUCAAUUUUCAACAUAUCGCAUCAUUCACAAGAACUCCUUUGAGUGGCAUGUAUCACUCGAUGUGGCUGGGGAGACCAAAGUACAUAAGCUUAUGACCGAGGCCAUGGUUGUUGAUGCGCCUUGA